CUACUACCUUAUCCAUUCUGUUAUCAUAUCAAGUCUCUACACUCUUCUAAGGCCACCAUUUCCCCACUUCCCAUUUCUCUCUCACAGAAACCAUGUUAUCAAUGUCAGUUCAGUCUAGCUUGAAAACCAGUGUUACUAUCCCUUUACCUUCCCACAAUCCCUCUGUCAAAUCCUUCAGAUGUUCUUCCUUCUCUGUAAACAACACAGUUUCAUCUUCCAUUCGUAGUUACAAAACCAAACCAACAAGAAAUAUCCAUAAGCUUUUUGCUUCAGCUGCCACUGAAACAGAACCAGUUACAGCUGAGACUUCAGGCUCUACGGUUCAAGAAAUAGAGAAGACAGAUUCGAAGAAAAAGGUAAUUGAGAAGCCAAGGUUGGUAUUAAAGUUCAUAUGGAUGGAAAAGAAUAUAGGACUUGGUCUUGAUCAAGUGUUACCAGGACAUGGUUCUGUACCUUUGAGUCCAUAUUUCUUUUGGCCAAGGAAGGAUGCAUGGGAAGAGCUUAAAACAACACUAGAGAGCAAGCCAUGGAUAUCACAGAAACAAAUGAUUAUUUUGCUUAAUCAAGCAACUGAUAUCAUCAAUUUGUGGCAGCAGAGUGGUGGCAAUUUGUCCUAAUUGUUUUGAUUUUUGUAGCCUAAGAUUUCAACUUCUGUUCAGUUUUGUUUGGGGAUAAGUCCUCUUUUUUUAAGUGUACUAUAGUGAAGGAGAAAAAUUGGAAAAAAAGAAUUGUCAUUUUUAUUUCAAGAUUUCUUUUUUCAA